GAGAAGCUUCUUACAAGUGUCCUUAGCCAAUGGCAGAUUUCUUUAUCCGACACAGUUCAUCUGCUAGCUGACACUCGUGCAGAAUUGGCCUUGUCCCGGCAAUUAAACGAGCGCUUAUCCCGCGAACAAGCGUCUGCAAGUGAGAUGGUGCGUAUCUCCAGCACCACUAGUGGUGCUAUUUCUCAGGGCUCAGUCCAUGCUUCCAGCGACACCAGCUUGGCUGGCCGAGCUGAACUUGCUCGUAUUGCCAAUGCCAUUGACGAACUUACUCACGGAAUUGGAGAUUUGCGUGUAUCUCUCGUUUCUGCCAUGGCCAGUAUAACUGCUUCACUUGGCUCAAUUCAGGCAGCACAUGCUAAUUAUACCUCUCCAUCUGCCGCCCCUUUGGCCCCUUCGCCAGUAAUGCUUGCCUCGCAGCCCACUGCCUUUUCUUCGUCAGGCUUCCAGCCAGCACUCCAGUCCACGCAAUAUCCGCAAUCUGUUAUUGGCAUGCAAAACUAUCUACCUCUUCUGAUGUCGGCUCUGACUGGACAGCAAUUGCCUAAGUCACAGAACAUGGCUACUUUCCAACCGGUGGGUGCGAAUUUUGUUACGGCUGUUUGUGUGCGAUGCGCAUGUAUGGGAUGA